AUGUCAAAAAAUAAAAGUAAAAAAAAUACUGAGGUCGAGCAGGAAGUACCCAAAGGUAUAACGCGGUACGCUUUGUCUGAUCGGACUUUUAUAGAAAAGGGCUGGACUAUGCUGCCAACAGAAAAAGUCGUUCGAAAAAUGAAUGUGUAUCGAAUGCGACCAGCACAUCCAGAGUUCGAUUGGUUCGAACACAAUAAAAACAAAAAGUUGAUAUGCUACGACACAGGCGAAAAACUAGCAGAAUUUGAUGAUAAUGGAAAAGGUCGAUGGUUUUAUAGGAACGGAAAAGUUGCGUUGGACUACUACGAUGCGGAGGAACUUAAUGCUCAACAGCGUAUUGUAAUCUUUAGCAGCGGUGAACCCGAUGAAGGCGGCCGGCCACGUCCUUUAACAAUUCUUGCUACUUUCGAUUAUUUAGGAAAUGGUAUUGUUUUCGAUCAUUCAGGAAAAAUAAGACUCAAAUAUAAUCAAACAGAAGGUGUAGUUUUGGACCGAUCUAUCGGACCAGUCAGCCACUGGAAAUGGCAUACAUUAAAUGACCCUCCGGUGCUACAGCAAGUUAUGAUAGACACGCAAAUGUCACAUAAGGAUCCUCAAAUUCUAAAACUAGGCGGACCACAGGAAAACAAACAGCGACCAGACAACGAAGAGAUGCUAGCGAUCGAAUUCGACAACUUUAUAAAAGAAAAAAGCAAAAAGCUAUCACAAAAAUUUAAACCAUUUCAGAUAAAAAUGAAAGCAUUGAAAAUAAAUGAAAAUUUUUCGCUGAAAGUUCUGGAUCAGGCCACUAUAUACCUCAUCUAUAGGGACGGCUCGACAAACUUGAAACUAAAUAUAGGCAUGAUACUCGAUCACCAGGAGAUAGUUGACACGGACACAGCAGAAGUGGGGGAAGUGUCCAAUAGUCUGGAACGGUUUCCUGCGAGGACGGACAGUUUGGCUGGCCUGCAAAGGAGCGUGGCGCAUGCUCAGAGAGUCGAACGUUCGUUGGUAGAACGAGAAAAAAGAAUUCGCCCCACACAACCCACAGCAAGCGUAGACCGACUCACAUCAGGUCUAUCACGUCCACUACGGACACAACUUCACGCUGUUGCAUCCACAUCUGACAAUCGCUUCUGCACAUGCAGGAAGCCAUCCACAACCAAUUUGUAUUACGACACCCGACUUAAUUAA